GGGCAACAGUGAUCAUGGCUGUUCUCUUUCCGGGGAUCAUGGGAAGGAAACAUCUCUCUAGCUGAGCUUCGCGCGAGGGAGGGAGAGGGAGCGAGCGAGAGGAUGAUUGUGGAGAAGCCGGAAUGGCUCCGUCACGAGGGCCUCCAGAUCUUCUCGGUGGAUUUCCAGCCUAGCGGGCAGCGAUGCGCCACAGCCGGGGGCGAUCACAAGGUGAGGAUCUGGAACACGCGGCCGCUGAUGAAGGAAGGCGAGGCUGAUCGAGGCGGCGAGAAGCUGCUGGCGACGCUGUGCGAUCACUUUGGAUCGGUGAAUUGCGUGCGGUGGUCGAAAUCGGGGCUCUACGUCGCGUCCGGCUCGGAUGGAAGCCUGGUUUUGAUCCACGAGAAGCGCCACGGCACUGGCACGGUGGAGUUUGGAAGCGGAGAGCCCGCCAACGUCGAGAACUGGAAAGUUUGUGCGUCGCUCCGGGGCCACACUGCCGAUGUGGUGGAUCUUGCUUGGUCACCAGACGACUCGAUGCUCGCGACGUGUAGCCUGGACAACACCGUUCGCAUCUGGAAAAUGCCUGGGGGAUCCUCGGUCGCCGUUCUAACCGGACACAGCAGCCUUGUCAAGGGCGUCGCGUGGGAUCCAAUCGGCUCUUUCCUCGCUAGCCAGUCGGACGAUAAGACGGUCAUGAUCUGGCAAACCAGCGACUGGGCCGCGGUCCAUCGAGCCGAGGGCCCAUGGAGAAAAUCCGUUGGCUCUACGUUUUUCAGGCGUCUCUCGUGGUCACCUUGUGGCCACUUCAUAAUCACCACCCACGGAUACGAGAACCCGAGCCACACUGCGCAAGUUUUGGAGCGAGGGGACUGGAGUGGAACUUUCAACUUCGUCGGGCACAACGCUCCCGUGGUGGCUGUCCGCUUCAACCAUUCCAUGUUUCGCAAGCAGCCGCUGCCACCUCCGGAGAACAACGGAGAAGAGGAGCUGCUGCAAAUGGAUCCGAAGAAAGUUCCCAAGGAGAUGGUUCCUUACAACGUUGUGGCCAUGGGAAGCCAGGACAGGAACAUCACCGUGUGGACGACGGCGAAUCCCCGCCCAGUUUUCGUCGGGAAGCAUUUCUUUACGCAGAGCGUGGUGGAUCUCAGCUGGAGUCCGGAUGGAUAUUCGUUGUUUUGCUGCUCGCUCGACGGGACUGUAGCCAGCUUCCACUUUGAAGCCAAGGAACUCGGACACAUAGUUUCGGAGAAAGAGAUGGAGGAGUUUAGGAGGAACCGGUACGGCGAUUCGCGGUCUCGGCAGGAGUCUCUCGCGGAGAGCCCCGCGCAGCUUUUCAUCGAAGCCACUGCCGCGGCAAAGAAAGUUGGCAACUCUACCACCAUCGUCAGCAACGGUAACACCACGAGCAACGUUAGCAACACCACGGUAGUGACACAGACUAACAAGCAAGUAGCGAGCACGACUUUGAGGCCUCAAGAGCACGAGGAGGCCGGGACGACAACAACAGUAACAACACCGAAGAAUGGAACUUUGGAGAAAGAUCAGGCAGCGGCAGUAGCAGUAGCGGCAGCUCCUCUUCCUCCACCACCGGCGAAGCAAACUCCAGUGAAGCAACGAGAGUAUAGGCAGCAGGAUGGGCGGAGGAGGAUAAUCCCCGAGGCUUUACACACCGAGGACGAUGGUGGUCGAAAGGACCGAGAGAGCAGCGCCGAGAAGCGAAAGCUCUCGCCGGUUGACGCCUCCAAGUCGGAGGCUCCCUCGAAGAGAUUGCUGGGAAGCGGCGGCAGUGGCGGUGGUGGCGGAGUUGGCGGUGUUCGUGAGCGGAAUGGCUCCGGCGCGAGCAAAGCCAUCGAAGUUUCAAGCAUGGAGAGGUCACUGGGAUUGAGUAGCACCACCAACACGACGGUGGCGAUCAACGUGACUCAAGCGUCGCAACUUCGAGGCCCGGAUGGUGUCCUCUCGGUCCAAGUGAGGAUACCGGACGAGGAGAGCUUGGACGGUCCGGCAGUAGCUCCCAUUUGCUUGGAGGCAAAGCCGGUGAGAGUCCAGGACGCGGCCGCCGGGAGGGGCGAGACUGGAGAGACCGACUUGGUGUGCUCGCAAGGUGGAGAGAUCCGGUGGAGAGAUAGAUUUGCGGGCAAAGUCACAGCUCUCACUGGGAACACUAACUUUUGGGCCGUCGGCUGCGAAGAUGGAUCACUCCAAGUGUAUACAAUGGCUGGAAGACGAGCACUUCCAAGCAUGGUAGUAGGCUCCGCCGCGGCGUUUAUGGAUUGUACGCGGGGCUGGGAGCUACUUUUGCUAACUCGAGGUGGAACCAUGCACGUAUGGGACCUCCGGCAAUCACAAUGUCUUCUUAACGAGUCUCUUCUCUCGCUCACCUUGAGCUCCUCGGCUACUUCUUCCGCGAAAGAAAAUGGUGUGAUGAGAAUAAUCUCCGCGAGGUUCUCGGAAGCUGGUGCUCCAUUGGUCGUUCUUGCCAAUGGUCACGCGUUUUUGUUUCACUCAAAAAUGAGGAGCUGGCUGAGAAUAGCGGACGAUUUCUUCCCUUCUUCGAGCUUCGUUAGCACUUGGCCACCCUCUGGCGAUGGCGAGCUCGCGGGGCUUCAAAAAGGAGCGGCCACUCUUGGCAAGACAAACUUUAGCUGGAACAGGACUCUAAUCAAUGAGAAGUACCAGACGAGAGCUCACCUCGAAGAUCAACUAGCAGCAGCCCUGGCACUGAAAUCCGCAGAAGAAUACAAGCGCCAUUUGAUCUCCUACACGAGGUUUUUGACACGGGAAGCUGAUGAAGUAAGAUUGAGAGAACUUUGCGAGGAUCUCUUGGGUCCUCUCUUUGUUCCAGACAGCGAGCCUUGUUACGACUCUCAGCCAACGACGAGUACAUGGGAAUCUUAUGUUCUGGGAAUGAAGAAACGAGAGCUUUUGAAGAAUGAGGUGCUGCCUGCAAUGGCUUCCAAUAGAGCUGUGCAACGUCUACUGAAUGAAUUCUUAGAUAUGUUGUCUGAGUAUGAAGACACUCAGUAAUGAUAAUUUUUUGGCUGGUUUUUAGAUUUUUCA